AGUAACCUGAUUUUUUUAUUUUGAAAUUCUUAGAAAUGCGGUGCUGUGUGCCCUUCUGCAAGACCACUGCGGAGGUCGUCUCCGAAUCCGAGGAGAUUACGUUUCACGAGUUCCCCAGAGAAGUGCAUCUGCGUGCCGCUUGGCUCAGUGCCCUCGGCAAACAAGACACUCCUCUGCCAGAGCCCGCUGUGGUCUGUUCGCAGCACUUUCUAAGUGAUGAUAUUUAUGAAACAGAAAGUGGCUCAAGGCAGAUUCGUACUGGUGCUGUCCCCUCAACAGUGCUGGUCUGCAUGAUAUGCCUGGACACUCGCAGCAAGCUGUUUUUGAUGAGUAAAUACAAGUUGGACGAAGCAUAUGAACAUUUGGUGGGACAGCCUUUGUGUGGUCAAGGAAAGCUCAGACAAACGCUUUGUGUGCAAUGUGCCCAGAGACUGGUGAACUUUAGCACAUUCAGAGACAAGAGCUUGAGAACGCGCUCCCUGAUGAUGGAGCUACUUGACAGACAUGAAGUGGUGACAAUACGACAUGUGAAACUGAUAAGCCGCGUAAAGCACCAACUACAGUCUGACAUCGUCUCGGCCGUGUCGGAGCCGGACUACUGCGAUUUGUACAUAGCACACUCCGACGCGGACGGACGGACAGACCUACACGCAACUGGUGAGGCAGUUGCGGUGAAACGGGAAAUUGAAGACUGUGAAGAUGAUGAAGACGAGUCAGCCGCGGCCGAAGCAGCGACCGAAACACAGGCUCCCGCCGCGCACAUUAAGGUGGAGUCGUCGGGAGACUGCGAUCAAGCUUUGGUACUCGCGACCAAUCACGCAGACGAAGAACAUCCGCCUGAUACAGACGACGAGGUGGAUAUAUUGUCUCUCGAAAAUAACACAAACAUCUUUGAAUAUUCAAGGAAAUCUCAGGACUCCGCACUAAAACCAAUGGAAUCGGCAAAAAUAAGCGAUUAUAUCAAUUUUCGAACAACGAGGCGAAAUGAUCUUUCUAAAAACAAUUGUCAUUUCCAGGACAUACUCGGUACACCGGUAGGGGACUAUACUGACCAGAUACAGUACAUCUGUGAUAUUUGCCAAAAGAUAUUUCGACGAAAAAGUUCCUUAGGCACCCACAUUAGGGCGCACACUUUCUCAUGUAAGUUGGGAGAGCGCAAGUCGAGUCAAACUUGUACGUCAUCGAGCCCCAGGAGGACUCACACUGGCGAAAAGCCUUUCGCUUGUAAGUUAUGUAAAUACAAAUGUGCACGAAGUAGUCAUUUAGUAAGGCACAUGAGGACUCACACUGAAAUGCGGUGCUGUGUGCCCUUCUGCAAGACCACUGCGGAGGUCGUCUCCGAAUCCGAGGAGAUUACGUUUCACGAGUUCCCCAGAGAAGUGCAUCUGCGUGCCGCUUGGCUCAGUGCCCUCGGCAAACAAGACACUCCUCUGCCAGAGCCCGCUGUGGUCUGUUCGCAGCACUUUCUAAGUGAUGAUAUUUAUGAAACAGAAAGUGGCUCAAGGCAGAUUCGUACUGGUGCUGUCCCCUCAACAGUGCUGGUCUGCAUGAUAUGCCUGGACACUCGCAGCAAGCUGUUUUUGAUGAGUAAAUACAAGUUGGACGAAGCAUAUGAACAUUUGGUGGGACAUCCUUUGUGUGGUCAAGGAAAGCUCAGACACACGCUUUGUGUGCAAUGUGCCCAGAGACUGGUGACAAUACGACAUGUGAAACUGAUAAGCCGCGUAAAGCACCAACUACAGUCUGACAUCGUCUCGGCCGUGUCGGAGCCGGACUACUGCGAUUUGUACAUAGCACACUCCGACGCGGACGGACGGACAGACCUACACGCAACUGGUGAGGCAGUUGCGGUGAAACGGGAAGUUGAAGACUGUGAAGAUGAUGAAGACGAGCCAGCCGCGGCCGAAGCAGCGACCGAAACACAGGCUCCCGCCGCGUACGUACCAUGUGUGACAAGCUAA